UGAUUGGAAUUCGCACCAAUGACUCGGUAUCACAGUGACAUUGGUUAUUUUCUCAUGACGAACCUUCCAGGCUCGAUUUCGAGGCUUAAUCUUAGCCUUCGAUUGCCCAAGGUUCUCUUUCGCUCAAACACUGGGAGUAGGAAUCUCCACUGCACACGGCGAGCUUCUGGGAUCCACAGCCACCGUAGUCUUCGAACCCUCGCGGGGGGACCUGUUUCGAUCUUCGAUUCUCAAAAGAGUUUUAUCUCCGGCUUAAAUAACGGUGGAAGAUCGAGCGCUUCUAGGGUUCUGGCGACGAUGUCGAAUGAAAGAGCACAAACUCAGGGACUUGUUCACUUCAAGCUGUCUCCAACUUGCGAUCUCAAAAUCCAGAAGGGAGAUAUUACCAAGUGGUUCGUCGAUGGCUCUUCUGAUGCUAUUGUUAAUCCUGCAAACCAACUGAUGCUUGGAGGUGGUGGAGCUGAUGGAGCCAUUCAUGCUGCUGCUGGUCCCGAACUUCGAGCAGCAUGCUAUGAAGUACCAGAAGUCCAACCUGGAGUUCGCUGCCCGACUGGAGAAGCAAGGAUUACACCAGGCUUUAGAUUACCCGCAUCUCAUGUAAUUCACACUGUUGGGCCAAUAUAUGAUGCUGAUAGUAAUCCUGAAGCUUCUUUAACAAACGCGUACAGAAAUAGUUUGCGUGUUGCCAUAGAGAACAACAUUCAAUAUGUUGCAUUUCCUGCCAUAUCAUGCGGUGUAUUUCGGUAUCCUAUUGAUGAAGCUGCCUCUGUAGCUCUAUCUACAGUUAGACUGUUUGCAAAUGGCUUGAAGGAGGUGCAUUUUGUUCUGUUCUCUGAUGAUAUAUACAAUGCUUGGUUGAACAAGGCAAAUGAAUUGCUCCAAGAUCAGUGAUUACGAUGUCCAUCAGUGCCCCAUGGUUACUUGUGAAGCAGAAUUUUAGGCUGGAAUGUGGAUAUUAAUGUCGAAAGUUGAAAAUAACAGUGUUGUGCAAAUGACGAGCAAAAAAAGAAAGAAAGAAAAGCUUGUGGACUUGUCAUAUUAGAAGCAGUAGUUGAACUUAAAGUACUGUAGUUUCUUUUUUACUGGAAAAGAUGGUUGUGAUAAUAAUUUGUACUUAGUUACGUCUGAUUGCCUGUUGCCUUGUA